CGGCUUCAUUAUUUUUAUUUCUUGCUGGUUCCACCGGUACUCUCUUUUUCGAGGCUGCUUCUCUUCUUCAAUGGAGAAACUGAGGAGAGUAGUGAAGGAGAUAGCCUACGUGCAAGACUACACUAAGCUCUCUACACUGCACCAAUCUUUAAUUCCUAUCCUCUCAUUAGCUUCCUCACUUUACAGAGUUGUUCUCUCUAUCCGCCACUAUCUCUACCACUUUGGCUUCUUCUCUAAGCACAGGUUGCCAGUGCCGGUGAUAAGUGUCGGCAACUUAACAUGGGGAGGAAAUGGGAAGACUCCAAUGGUUGAGUUCAUUUCUUCAUGGUUAGCUGAUUCUGGAAUUUCACCUCUCAUUCUUACUAGGGGUUAUGCUGGUGGAGAUGAAGCUAGGAUGCUUACUAGGCAUCUUCGUGGGAGAGCUGUAAAGAUUGGUGUUGGUGCAAAUCGAGCUGCUACUGCUGCUUGCUUCUUUAAGCGACAUGGUUAUGUAGAUCCUCGUGAUUAUUUAGUUGAGGGCAAAUGGCAUGAACAGAAAGAGGGAAGUCGGAUUAACUCAAGAAAAGUUGGUGUUGUGGUUUUGGAUGAUGGAAUGCAGCACUGGAGCCUGCAGCGUGACAUAGAGAUUGUCAUGGUUAAUGGACUAACACCAUGGGGAAAUCAUCAAAUACUUCCUCUUGGACCUUUAAGGGAACCUUUGAAAGCCCUCGGAAGAGCAGAUGUUGCUGUAAUUCAUCAUGCAAACCUGGUUUCGGAGCAUAAUCUCAGAGACAUCAAGUUAAUGAUGCAAGAAGUUAAAAAAUCUCUUCCUAUUUGUUUCACUAGAAUGUCUCCCACACACUUCUUUGAAGUAGGAAAUAUCAACACCAGAACACCAUUGGAUAUCUUAUGCAACGGUGUUGUGCUAUGUGUUUCUGCAAUUGGUUCUGCAAAUGCUUUUGUGCAGGGGAUAAAGAAGAUGGGAACAUUGUAUGUUGAUCGACUUGAUUUCAGUGAUCAUCACUCACUCCAAGACACGGAUAUUGAGAUAAUCAGAAUGAAACUCAAAGAGCUGGAGGAUAAGUUUGGCUCCAUGCCAGUUGUUGUCAUAACAGAGAAGGCAUUUGAGUCCUUAUAAAGUUAUGGCACUCUGCUCAGAAUUGCAAAUCAUUCCUUGUAGAGGCAACGGGGAUGAUGAUUUCAAAAAGCUGUUGAAGGAGCUGGUGGAGGUAAAAUUUUUAGGAGCAAACCAGAACUAGCUUUCAGAUACCAACUCCCAUAGGGUCUGAGCACAGAUUAAUUGAUCCACCAGUUUUAUUUAUUCAACUUUUAUUUACGGAAAGGUCGAAACAUGAGCAAAUGAUGUCUCGCACUUAGUACUCUAGAAUGCAGGGCAUGACACAACAACACAUGCUACUUGAAUCCAUGAGGGGGGUGCAUGCUAUUCCUAUAUUACAGUCCUUGAGUAAAAAAAAACUCCAGUGGAUUCUAGCCAGGCUUCUCCUUGUAUCAGCUCUGCCACAGUGAAUUGCCUGGCCUCAUUUGGAUCAGUAAUGACAUGAUAUCCAGGCCGAUUCACUCUCUUGCUGACACCUGCACCUGGCUCUCUAUUUGAAGACUAGCCAUAAUACAAUGUUUUUAAUGCAAAAUCCUUGCUCCAUUCUGCCCAAACAGUACGAUUAAUAUGUCCCCCAGUAUAAGAUUGCAUAACUACAGUACGUAGGAACUUUUUCUGCCCUAAUUCAAGAUCAGGGUUUGGAAUAAUGAUACAGUUCUGGAUUGAGAUCCCAGUAUUUUGAUUUGGAUCAA